AUGGAGUCCAGCGGUGGCCGCCAAGGUGCUAAUCGUCAUAUCAACCAAAUCAACGCCAUUCUGACAGGCACUCCGGCAAACGCCAGGAGAGACAGCCCGUCUCCAUCACUACACCAGCAACAACAGGUGCCUGCUUCGGUGCAAAUCCGAGCGCCAAACACCCGUCCGUCGUCGCUCGCGUCUUUACACGAGCGCUUUUCCAUCGCCCAGAGACCGGUUCAAAGCGGGAGCUCCAGGUCAGGCCUCCAACACACCUAUGGCCAACGCAAGAGAGCGUCCCCAGAAAACGAACGACCGCCUCACAACGAUAUUCGCAAUCGCCCCAAGGUCAAGGGGUUCGUGAGCAAUAACAAGUAUCUUUCGGCCGUCAGUAAGCGCCACAAAACCAACCCCGAGCAGCCGGGAGUGGUGGAGAUCGGAGGAGACUCGAAGCGUAUCGUGGCGCGGCCGUAUUCGACUCUCAAGAAGACUCCGUCGAUCGGAAUCCCUUCAGAUUUAACCUCUUCUCGUCUCUCGCAUCCGUUGUUGAAGAAGUUUGUUAAAGGCAGUGUAUCCAAGCCUACCAUCAAAGAAUUGAACGAUACCACCGACGACGAGGAUCUGUUCCCGAAUAAGACCAACCCCGACAUUCCCGAGAAGAGGACUAGCGAACAUGUUCCGCCAUCGCCACAACCGGCAUCGAAACACAAACCCAAUGACCACUCGCUUUCCAACUUAGACACCCAUUCUGUAUCAUCUUCCUCAGAUGACGAUGAUCGGCCCAUGAAGACCAAACAAGAAAAGGCUCUAGAGAAGGACAGGAAGCAUAUGAGCGAAAAGAAGAAAAAGGGUAAGAGAAGAGACUACACCUUGCUUAAACCUGCUCCUCUUGGAGACUUCUUGGCUCAAAGACCGAAGGAGGAGACGAAACCCCCACCUGCCUCGUUUCAGGUGCUGGAAGUCUACUUGGACGGACAUACGUGGAAUCAGGAGUACACGGAUUUGAGGAUGGAGGCAGAAGGGAUCUCUACUGGUGGGGAGGACGAGAAUCGACUAGUCAUGGAUGUCACCUAUUACCUCAAAAAGGCUAUGAAGGUGAGCAUCAAGCCGUGUCCUAUUAUGACAGACGGAGCUAUCACCAUUCAUCUCGACGACAUUCAACCCGUCAAGUACAAUGAGUCUUUUCAGGUGUUGAUUUUUGAGGGUCUCUCGGCAGGAAACAUUCUCAGUGACGGUUCGUUUUUCGAGACUUUGGCUAUCAAGCUGGAUCCUCUGGUUCUCAACGAGCAGGUGGAGCGAUUUUUGAAUCUCUUGCCGUGUUUCCAUAAAACAUUGGACGACAAGAUUGCUGCGGAACAGCUUAUAUCUUUAGGAGGAGACCGCAAGUUGUUUGAAAAGCGUCUGGAGGAGGUCAAGGCCGUAUUGGAGAAGAAGAAGGAGGAUAAGGAGGAGGAUAUGGAGGAGGACAAGGCGGACAAGAAGGGCGACGGGCUCGAUGUGGCUUUCCCUCUGCGUCGCUCCACCCGAUUGGCAGCUACCAAAACCCCAUCUGUUGCCUUUCCCGACUUUGGUGACACGCAUCAUUACCAGACCAAGAGCGGGAAGCAGAUGGAGAUCACAGCCAAGGAUGUGGAGCAGUUGCGCGAGUGCGAGUAUCUCAACGAUACGCUCAUUUCGCUCUUUCUUCAGAUUGAGCACGACAAGUUGCCAGAAGAGGGUGAUACCAAAACUGCCCACAGACUCUACAAGGAGGCUUUGCAGCUGGCUACUGACAAGGCCGGCCGAAUGCCCGAAGAGAUUUUCUACAGGCCAUUGACUUACUCCAACACAUACGUCUUCUCCACCUACUUUGUGCACAAGCUAUUGUCACUUGAUACCAAGAGACCCGCCGAAAAGUACCAGCUGAUGAAAAAGUGGACUUCUAAGAUUGACAUCUUUUCCAAGCAAUGUGUGAUCAUUCCGAUUGUCGAACACAACCAUUGGUACGUGAUGAUUCUGUGGAACCUCGAAGCUGCUCAUAAAUGGAAGGGCAGAAAGCAUGAGGCCGUUGCUCCUGCUACUAGUGUCAAGAAAGAGCUGACCGGUUUGGACCGAUCUUCCUCUCCGCGGGUGACUCGUUCGCAAACUCGAGCACAUGACGCCGGUGAGGAACCGGAAAAGCUCAAGGAAGAACAAGUGGAAGAAAUAACAUCUACUGUGAAGCCUGAGACUAAGGCAAAGAAGAGUUACGCGCCUCUGAAGGACGACGAAUGCAUCUGGAUGUUUGCACUGGAUUCUCUCAACAUCAAUCACCGAACAACAGCAGGUCUCAUUUUCGACUAUCUUCACUUUGAGGCUCGGGAGCGACUCAAGAUUGAGGUUCCGCCUAAUGCCUUCAAGAAUCGCGACAUGCCCGUUCCCAUCCAGACCAAUACGUGGGAUUGUGGCGUCUACCUGAUUCAUUUUGUGCAAAUGUUCUUUGCCAACCCCAUCAAGUACCUUCCCCACAUGGCUCACUUCCCCCACAACAAGCCCAGGGUCAAGGCCGAGUUUCGGCGCAUGUGGUCGACCACGAACCAGAUUCUGGACAAGCGGGAGCAGUUGGUCAAGCGGGUGUUUCAGCUCAAGGAGGGUGCUGCCAAUUCUGGCUUGAGAAGCAAGAUGCUCAAUCCGGACAUGGGAGACGAGACCCCCGACGAUGAUUCUGACGAUGAUGUGAUGAUCACGUCCUCGCUGAACCAUUCGCCUACUCCCAAGUCUGAGGUCAAGGAGGCGAAGCAGACGGAGGAGGAGGAAAAGGGGAAGGAGACUUUGCAGGAGAUGAUGAUUGUGAAGAUGGACAAGGCCGAGGAGGAGAAGGCCCAGAAGGAGAAGGCCCAGAAGGAGAAGGCCCAGAAGGAGAAGGCCCAGAAGGAGAAGGCCCAGGAGAAGGCCAAAAAGGAUGUGAAGUACAAGGCCGUGGCGGAGGAUAAAGCGCCUGAAGCGGUGCCGGGCAUGCAUGAGGACAAGGAAAUGGACGUGGAGGAGACCAAGCAGGUGCAUCCAGUGGAAGAGGACAAGAUGGAUGUGGAUGUGGAGGAGAUUAAGACUUCCUUGGACUUGGACGUGGAGGAGGCCAUGGGCGGGGUUUCUACGCCAGAUGAGUCUAUCGACGUGGACUCUCUCGACGUGGAGGAAAUCCAGCCAGUGCAUGAGGCCGAGUCCAGCAUGGUAGAUGUGGACCCUGUCGAUGUGGAUGAGUUUGAUUUUGACGACACUCCUCGAAAAGACUCUGUGAAGCAUGGACUACUGGGAAACGCGUUCAAGAAUAAAUGGAAGCAGUCCGACAAGUCUGGCAAGCCUCAGAAGGACAAGGACCGGACUAAAUCCAAGACAAAGUGGAAGCACAUUUCCAUCUUUGAGCGGCCGCAAAAAUGA